CUGGUACCACGGGGCCAUCAGCCGGACAGACGCGGAGACGCUGCUGAGGCUGUGCAAGGAGGCCAGCUACUUGGUGCGCAACAGUGAGACCAGCAAGAACGACUUCUCCCUCUCCUUGAAGAGCAGCCAGGGCUUCAUGCACAUGAAACUGUCCCGGACCCAAGAGAACAAGUACGUGCUGG